AUGAUGCGAUUCCAUGAUGCCUACAACAAUUUCAUCUUGGUUGUUGCGCUGCUAGGACUGAUACUUCAGCUUCAGCUUGAUGGCGUAAAGGCCUUUGCUCCUAGAUCGGAACAAUCAUUCUUACGACCAACCCUAUCUACGACGACAAUAAGAACCAUUGCGCUGCAACAACAACAACAACAACAACAACAACCAAGGAACCCGUCAUCAUCAUCAGCAUUGAAUUGCAUUUGCAUCAAUUGCAAAUAUGUCACUUCCUGCAAGGCCUAUCAUUUUGUGGAAGAGAAACACCAACAACCUCACAUGACCGAAGAUCCUACCUUUGAACCUAGAAAUGGAUCUCCGACCAUUCAUGUCAAUGUCCGAAUCAUUCGUUCUAGUGAUGAUGUCAAGUCGGAGUAUGAACGAAUGUACAAGGAACACGAACAUGAAACCAAAAAGGCAGAAGCAGAAGCGGGUGGUGGUGGUGAUGACAAGAAUGCUCCCUUGCACGGAAGUGCCAAGUAUGACCUGUCACCUGUCACCACCUAUGAAUACGAUGUCGUCAAGUGCGAAGACUAUGUCGAAGAUAUGGGAUGCUGGGUCCGGAACAUGCCUCAAGAAAUCAAAGAAGCUAAUCCUGAUUUUGUUCCAACCUAA